GCAGUUCACCGUAAAUCUCCCAUCGUCUCGGACGCGUGUUGUUUAAGAUACUAGACCUGAAAUCUGGCAGGCGCUGAACUUGAUACAAACAGAAGCAAACGAAUGAAUAUUUGCACGUGUUUUUUCAUAACGAGCACGAGUGAACCUUUGAGUGUGUAGCAGUAGAGCACGGAUUAUAAGGCAAUCGGUGGAAAGCGAUGGAAUCUCUCUUAGCCUCAACACCAAUAAAAAUAAUUUGCAUUUGAGUCCCAAUAAAAAAUGAAUCAGAGCUUUAUAUUCAUCUUUAAAGUUAAAGCCCAAAUUAAUUAUUUGCGCUCAAUAUUAACAUGAAGUGAUUGGCGAAACGUUACCGACUUUUACUUUCCUGCAGCUUCACAUGGGCUGAUUUAACAAACCCAUGAGUGGCAAUUUUAGAAAGUCAACAGGAAGAGCUUGGAUUCUAAUGCGAGUGACAAACGAGGCCGCCAAAGGCUUUUUCUGCUUCACCGCAAGUCGAUUUACUGAUUAUAAGUGUUUCGCCUCUGCCAGAGUAUGGAUUACUGGAAGGCCAGGGCGUUGCUUCUGUCGUUCAUGUGUAUCAUUAGCACCGCCACGGCAGAUGGGGAAAUCAUUUUUCGCAUCGAUCCUCUCGCUUUAUUGUCGGCCACUUUGCGCACAUAUCAAAAAGCGGCAUGUGACUCGGAUCAAGUGGUUAUAGCAUGUCCCCGUGGUACUAGUAUUUCAAUCGAGUUUGCCCAGUACAAUAAGUUUGUUGCGAAAGACGGCUACAGUAUUGAAGAAUUAUGUCCUGGGUCUGGGGAAAUAAGAUCGGAAAUCCGGGGUAGAACAAAGCACCUUCUUCGCGGAUCGAUCUUUGGCUCACCCCCACUUAAAACACCGUCUAGCAAAUACGUGAAUGCUGGCCACUCCCUUGCAGUCCCAGUACAACCUGUUCCUGAAUCCAACAGCAGCAGUUCCGAAUCAAUUUCAAGCAUGUCGCCUUCAGUUGAUGAUAUUCAAAGUACUGAUUACACUACUGACAACGCUUCCGAGAACUGCAUGUGGCCAAAUGCAUUACAGUACUCCUUACUGCAAACUGUCGUCGAGGCCUGCCAAAAGAAGAAGCACUGCAAGUUCCACGGAUCCCCAGAAUUCUACGGCCAGGGCUCCAGCGGUGUGGGCGACUCGUCUGGAACCAGCAGCUAUCACAGCAGCACAGCCAGCUCCAAUGCAAUAAGCAGCGAUCCUUGUCCCAAGCGCAAAAAAAUUGUCGAAGUCGCUUACAAAUGUCGCCCAUAUGAGUUCCGGAGUAAGGUCGCUUGUCACAAUGAUGUAGCACAACUAGAGUGCAAUCCGUACUCCCGUAUAGCCGUAUAUAGUGCCAGCUUUGGAAGAACCGAGUACGAGAGCAUUCAGUGUCCCCAACCGCAAGGAGUUCGAGAAGAAACUUGUCUCGCUUCAUAUGCCACGGAGACUGUAAUGCAAAUUUGCCAUGGUAGACGUCGAUGUAACCUUGCAGCCGACGCAAAUACUUUUGGCAGCCCUUGCCAACCGAAUUCCCGAAUGUACUUAAAAGUUGUUUAUACGUGCGUGCCAAAGCAAGUCCUUAAAGAAAACAAGGCGUUGGAAGUGGAGGCUGACGAACCUGAAGAUUUUGGAGGUGAUCUGAAUGACCUCUACGACGAUGAGCUUAUCUAUAAGGAGUCCGAGGCAAUACCCAAACUGUACAGCAAUACAACGACGACUGUACGCCGAAACGGUACCAGAUCACUAGGGUUCGAGUUCAGCGUUAAUCCUGCGAACAAUCAGAGCAUGACAAACAGUUCUCUGGUAGUCGAAGGCGAUAGGAGUGGCGUCAAUCCUGUCAUGACGCACAGUGCCGACUUAAGUCUAGAGGAGGACCAAGAACGUCUCUAUUUUUAUCUUCUUGUCCUGGUUUCACUCGGAGUGCUAAUUUCCAUUGCCAUCUUCGGGACUAGGAUAGCGCUUCAAAAACACCGUCUGAUAACAGAAACGCUCUCCAGCUCCUUGGCAAAAACAACGAGACGGGCAGUUGAGGAAACAACUAUUCCAAGCGGCUUUAAUGACACCAUUUCCGAAAUAGACGCUGAAAUCGACCUUAAAACUACACUUCCUUUACCCAGCUUGUCCAAAGAGAAUUACUUGACUUACGCACCAACCAGCAGUCUGUACGCCGAUCUCCCCUGUAACCAGCUGGUCUCAGCGUGUAGUCCAGGAUCUGCCGCCGGGCAAAUAGGAAAACCGCACAUGGUUGGAUCUCGUCAAUCACCCGACCUUAUUGGCAUAACACCCGGACCUUUUGUGACUACAAGUAUGGCGGGCUUAGGCGGUCCGAUGGCUGGGAUGGUGACGUCGGCUAUUGUGAUUGGAGAUUCUACGCCCAGUAGUAGUUCCUUAGGCACUAUGAUACCUAUCACCCAGUACACAACUGCUCCAACAAUCAGAGGCGGGUACGUCAUAAGCGCUGAGAACAUGGGUGUAAUUCAGCGGGCGAGUAACACGCCCACCCCAUUAAACUUGCUGUCCGGGAGCACGCCAGAACACCCCCCGCAAGCCGGACCGAUAAUCUCGGCGGGGGCCAUGACUGUAACUCCACAGGCCCAUGGGCCUAUAUCGGCUGGGGGCGCAUCAAAACUGCGGCGUGUAAAGCCACCGUUUUUGCAGCCACAGCUUUCUUAUGAUGGCACUGCACCACGGACUCUCUCCACCGGAGUAGCUGUUGGCUCGCAGUUUUAUUAUGGAUGACACAGCACACUGGACUGUGACCCGUUUGUGUACACCACAGCUUUAGAUAUGGCACCAUCAACAUCCAGUACUCAGAAAACAGGGGAGGAGUUAGAUCGAGCAAGCUUAAAAAAUGGUGUUGACGCGUCUUAGCCAUCGGCGUCGGCAUUCCCAAGUUGCCCUAGGUUGCAAAAUUUCGAGCUAAGUAACGAGGCCAGUUCUUUCAAAACCGCAACAAGUGUUUUACAAUCCCAGCUAAAUCCAGACUGUGGAAAGGAUUGAAAAGGAUCCUAUCCAGCAAGCACACUGUUGUUUUCAACAUAAAAGAAAUAUUGGCACCCGCGUGUAUCUAAUAAAUAAAUGUUAUGUUUCCAAAAAAAACAUUCUUUUCAAAAUGUCGAUGGUACAUACAAGUUUGUAUUUCACUAGUGUGAGAGUCUUCCGUAUUUCGAUCAGACAUUAAUAGCAGAAAAUAUGAGAAUACAUUAAUAAAAUUUGGACAAAAAAGUAGUCUCCGGAGAAUAAUUUUGAGAAUUCACGGAAGGAAAAGUUCACAAGCAUAUGUAAAUCAAAUUGUAGGGAUGCGGUAUUUGAAUGCUACGGUGCCUCAACGUCCUGAAUAAAAACACCACUCCUUAUCGGCCCGCAUAACAAAAUUUGCGCCAAAGUAUAAUACAUUUUCAUUGUUAAAUCGGAAACUAUGCAGUUGACGGCAGAAAGGUAGUAAAGUUAGUCUUAGGCCCUGCGCAUUUGGAAAACCUGUAUAUUGGGGAUAGUAAUUCUUAUAUAAAAAGUUAGGAACAACGUGAAUAUAUGCAGUGUGCAUCUGCAUAGUUGCAUUCAAUCUUCGGUUUAAUGUCAUUAAAAUAUUUAUCAAUAAGUUUUAUUUAGACGUGGUUUGGGUUGAGGUUUACUUUUAAUGUCAAGUGCCUUCCUCAUUACAUUUAAGUGUAAAGUAGCCGUAAAAAUACCAAACCAUUGAAACGUAUGUUUGCUAACGUGUAAAAAAUAGUGCAGCAGUCAAUAUUGUUCGGAUAAAAGCAAACCCGAAAUUACAGGAACAGCUAUCUAAAGUUAUACAUAAAAAAAUAUAAAUGUUUGAAAGAACAAAUUUCCGGAUGUCCAAAGUUCUCAAAAGAACGCCAUUAAUUACUUGUAUUGAGGGUACAAUUCUAGUCAAAAAAUAUGAAUAUAUAAUUGGUACUCGUGUGUGAAAACGGUGAAGCAAAUAGAAAAAAAAUAACUCAUAAACAAUGCAUAAAGCCAUGUUAAUUAAUUUAAUUAGAUUUCCCUACGCUUAAGAAUCAUUCAAUAAUGCAAUCCAUAAAAUAAAUAAUAGAUUAAAAAAGUCAAAAAAUUAUCGGUAGAAUAAGUAUACAUAGUAAGUAAUAUGGUUUCUGUUGUCUCUUUUCCCCCUACAAGUAUGAAUUCUACAUUUUAUACGAUUCAUUUA